AUGACCAGUUCAGGAGAGGAUGAUUUGCAAGGAAAUGCAUUCGGGUCUUUAUUUCCAAAAGCAGGUAAAUCUGUUGAAAGCAAUAACAGUGCAAAUGCAUCAAUAUUUGUAAAUCCUUCGGUUCUGUUACAUGACCAGUUAACCAGUGCUGCAUCCUUCGCUCUGGUUGAUUUGAUUGCUUCAGUGCUGAGGCUCGAUUUUUGGCAGAAUAAUAACCGCUUGAAUGACAUAGAGUUUUGUAAAGAAACAUUGGAAAAAGUACUCAAGCGUACCGCAUUGCCAGAACGGACGAACGUAACUGUGCGACAUCACCUUAUGGGUGAUGGUGCAACAGACGAUAUAGCAACGUUUGUCACUCUUAUUAAGAAGGACCCGAUCGUAGAUGAGAAAGGAGCUUUAGCUAUUCUCGUCUGUCUUUUAUCUAUUUUCACAGAGUAUGGUACUUACGAUUGUCGUUGUCGUGUUUUAUUGCGUCAUAUUUGUGCACUUUUAGCGGUAGGAUUGGACGAUUUUGAGGAUAUAGAGGAUGCGCUAGUUGAUACAAUCACUGGAUAUCAAUACAAAGAAAGUGAAGAACAAAGGAUAAUAAGAACUAGAGCUACGAAACUGAAAAAAAUUAAACGAUAUGCCAUGAUUGGUGCAGCGAGUGUUGUUGGUGGUAUCUUAAUAGGAGUGACAGGUGGUCUAGCAGCGCCGUUAAUAGCGAUUGGUGCAGGAGCCGUAGUUGGCGGUGGAGCAGCAGCAGGUAUUGGAACAGUAACGGGCGCUACUGUACUUGGAUCGUUAUUUGGAGUAGCCGGUGCGGGAUUAACAGGUUACAAAGUACAGAAACGAGUAGGUUUAAUCGAAGAAUUUGUAAUUCAGCCGAUUUCUGAAGGACGAAGUUUACAUUGUGUUUUGGCAAUCAGUGGCUGGAUUGAAGAUCAAGGAGAACGUGUCUUCCAACAACAAUGGAGACAUUUGUGGUUGUCACGUGAACAGUAUAUUUUGCGUUAUGAAAGUAAAUAUUUGGUAGAACUAGGACGAGCAGUUGAUUAUUUGAGGUCUUUCGCAGUAUCACUUGCUGUUCAACAUACUCUUUUGGAAACUGCCUUUGCAGGUUUAGUAACUGCAAUUGCAUGGCCAGUGACACUUCUUUCUGCAUCUAGUGUAAUCGAUAACCCAUGGAAUAUUUGCGUCGGUGAACAGUUAGCCGAAGUAUUGCUGAGUCGUGCUCAUGGCAAUCGUCCUAUCACCUUGAUAGGAUUUUCACUUGGAGCACGUGUGAUUUUCCAUUGCUUAAUGGCCAUGACCAAAUGGAGCACGUGUUAUGGAAUAAUUAAUGAUGUUGUUCUUCUUGGUGCACCCGUAACAGCUUCACCCACUCAAUGGCAGCAGAUAAGUCAGGUUGUUGGAGGACGGAUUAUAAAUGGCUAUUGUAACAGCGAUUGGUUACUUAGGUUUAUUUACCGUACAAUGAAUGCACAAUUUACGAUUGCUGGCACGGGUCCUGUGAUAUGCAAAAUGGAAAAGAAAAUUGUCAAUUUCAACCUUUCUCAUAUAAUAAAGGGUCACCUGGACUAUUCCCGAAAAUUAACUGAAGUAUUGGAAGCGGUUGGAGUCCGAGUUACGCCGCGUUGUGAUGAAAUGCUCAAUGUGAAUGAAGUUACAAGAAAACUGGACAUUGAUAAUACUAAUUUUGAUGUGUCAGAGGAGAAAGGACUCUCUUCUAACAUGAAAAUAUAUGGUUUUAAAAUUUCACCGGGUCUAAGGAUGUCAUCUGCACUCAUCGUUGGUGGCGUUGGUUUGGUAGUCAUUGGACUAACUGGACGUAUGAUGCUGCGAAAUCGUGCGGCAUUCCUGAAAAUGGCGAAAACAUUGCCGGUUGCAAAUAGUAUGUCGAAAUAUUAUCGUGGUGGUUUCGAGCCUGUUAUGACGCGACGUGAAGCGGCAUUGGUCCUUGGUGUAUCACCCAAUGCUCCGGCAGCGAAAGUGAAGGAAGCGCAUAAACGUAUAAUGAUUGCCAAUCAUCCUGAUCGUGGUGGUUCACCUUAUUUGGCUGCAAAAAUUAACGAAGCAAAAGAUAAAUUGGAAUCAACAAGACACGAAUAA